AUGAACCUUACACGUUCAAUUCGUAGACUCACGGUCCGCGAAACGUGCAAAACCCUGCACGUACCUCUAUCUCGGGCGCACUAUUCUUCUGUGCACCUGGCGCACUCCAGCAGGCAGCCCUGCUUGCGCCUGUCGCAACCCUCUCGACUUCGACCCUCACACCCCACCUUGAUAACACGGACCAUGGCGACCGAAGCGAACGGCCAAGCGCCGCAGACCAUCCAAGAGGGCAAGGCCAAGAUCAUUGUCCCCGAGGCAGCAUCGACGCCGGCGGGGAAGAAGGAACAGGGCGAUGUGCAGCAGGUCUUCUACAACCCGAUCCAGCAGUUCAACCGCGAUCUGUCUGUUCUGGCGAUCAAGACCUACGGCGAGGAGAUUGUGGAAAAGCGGAGGGCACAGCAGGCCAACAAGCGAUCCAAGAAGCGCAAGCGCGCAAAGACCGACGACGCCAGUAAGGACGACGACGCCCACCCUGAAGUAGUCGACGAGCGCCAACCUGCGCCCGAGCCCGAAACCGCGCCUGAGACUGUCGAACCGGCCUCUACCGUCGCUCCCGACUUCAAGAUACUCGAUGCCCUCUCAGCGUCUGGUCUACGAGCGCUGCGCUAUGCGCACGAGAUACCAUUCGUGACCGAAGUCACGGCCAACGACCUGUCCUCGUCCGCGGCCAGAAGUAUCGAAGCCAAUAUUGCGUACAAUGGGUUGCAAGACAAGAUCAAGGUCACCAACGACGACGCACUGGCUCUUAUGUAUCGCUCUAUAGCCGACAGUCUGUCCCUGGCCGCCAGGAAGCACCCUGGCAGAGCGUCUCCGGACUCGAUCCGGUGGGACGUGGUCGACCUGGACCCGUACGGCACGGCGGCGCCAUUCUUCGACGCGGCUGUGCAAUCUGUGCGUAGCGAUGGUGGUCUCCUAUGCGUCACAUGCACCGACAGUGCCGUCUGGGCUGGCCACAGCUACCCCGAGAAGACAUACUCCCUGUACGGAGGAACGCCCGUCAAGGCGCCCUAUUCGCAUGAGUACGGCCUUCGCUUGAUCCUGAACUCGAUUGCGACGGCAGCCGGCCGGUACGGUCUCUCCAUCGAGCCUCAGCUAUCCCUGUCGAUCGACUUUUACACCAAGGUCUUUGUCAAGGUCACCAAGUCGCCCUCAGCGGUCAAGUUCCUGGGAGGAAAGACGAUGAUGCUCUACACCUGCGAUCAGGGGUGUGGCAGUUUCCAAACACAGUACCUGGUGAAGAACAAGGUCGCCGAGAACAAGAAGGGCUCGGGUCACUUCUACAAGCACACAUUGAAGCAGGGGCCCACGACAGACGAGCACUGCGCACACUGCGACACCAAGACACACAUCAACGGACCCAUAUGGGGCGGGCCGCUCCAUUCACCAGAGUUCGUCAAGAGACUGCUCGCGAAACUGCCAGAGGCCGACAAGGCAGUGUACGGGACGAUCCCGCGUUUGGAGGGCAUGCUGCAAACAGCUCUGGAGGAGGAUCUGCCCUUCCCCGAAGGCUCCUUUCCACCCGUAAACCCCCGCGACGACGCGCAUGCCGCCAUUGAGCGGUAUCCCUUCUACGUGGACCCGCACAAGAUCGCCAGCGUGCUGUGUGCCGUGGGCCCGUCGACGGACAUGUUUCGCGGCGCCCUGACGCACCUCGGCUACCGUCACACGCGCAGCCACUGUCGCGCGGGCAGUGUCAAGACGGACGCGCCGUGGUCGACGAUAUGGUGGGUGAUUCUCGAGUGGAUUCGGCAAAAGGCACCCAUCACGCCCAAGAAUGUGCGGCCGCGGACGGCCGGAUUCAGGAUACUGGAAAAGGCCGGAAUCCUGAAGCUCAACGAGGCCGGUGAGGUGGCUGCGACCAGUGGUCAGGACGACGCUGCCGUGGCGUCUGCCGCUGAUGACAAGACGGAGGUUGAGCAGGAGGGCGCAUCUGCAGCCGAAGACAAGGACGACAAGGCGGCAGCUGCGUUCAAGGAGGUCGAGCUACGCAAGACGCUCGUGUUCAACGAGGAUCUGGCUGCGCUGGGCCGUCGUAACCAGGGGCAGAAGAAACUGGUGCGAUAUCAGACAAAUCCACGCGAGAACUGGGGACCGAUGCGUAUCUACGGUCAUGAUUGUUUGUUCAUUUGUGCGAGCCCAGAGGCGUUGGAAGCAAUCAUUACUAAAAGUCCGAUUGACAAUCUGGAUGACUCCUUGCUCUGCGGGGACGACAAUCUGACUGCAUCAGCAAGCGCCAUAAUCUCACCCUCUUGUCACCAAUCUUGUCAUUUUCGUAAGCUACAUACAACUGUGAUUUCCUUCAUCACAGCCGUCCUCAAAGAAGCAGUGGCACCUGAUGACAGUGAGCCCUUCCAGCUCGUCCUCAUCCACAGCGACGCCAUCUCCGACGAGCUAUCCGACGCAUAUCUGAUCGACAAAGUCCCGCCGUACCUCGUCCACGACGCCUCGAACCAAGUCGACGUUGUCGUAUCCACAAAGUCGGGGACAAACCUCGCUCUGCCCUUCUGGUCGACCGUCCUCCAACCUCUCAUGUCCACCGUGGCAAGGACAUUCCCCGAGUCAAAGGUCGACCAGGCCAACAUCCUUGUCACAGAAUCUGCCGAGAGCGUGUCCAACUUUGCACGCCAACGCUGGUCAUCACAGGCCUCUCCAGCCCGGACAAUCAUCCUCCUCAGCGGCGAUGGCGGCGUGGUGGACAUGCUGAACGGACGACAAGAGGGCAGCCAGCAGAGACCGACCAUCGCGAUCUUACCCAUGGGCACGGGGAAUGCGCUCUUCCACACAAACCACAAGCCUCUCUACACACCCUCUAGCCCCUCCCCUCUCGUCCUGGGCAUCCGCACCUUGUUCGUCGUGGGCGUUGCUGCCGCCCUGCCCAUCUUCCGCGCCUCCUUCACGCCUGGCGCGCACAUUGUCCACGGCGACGAACUACAGAGACAAGUCAGCCACCUCGACGGCGCCAUCGUCGCGAGCUACGGCUUUCACGCCAGUGUCGUGUACGAGAGCGACACGCCCGCGUACCGCGUCCACGGCGACAAGCGAUUCGGCAUGGUGGCGCAGGAACUAUUGCGCGAGGCGCAUGCGUACUCGGCCCACGUCGAGAUUCAGCGCACGGGGACGUCCCUCGAGGCGCUCGACAGGGAGAAGCACGGCUAUCUCCUCACGACGUUGCUAUCAAACCUGGAGAGGACGUUUACCAUCUCGCCAGCCAGCAAACCUCUGGAUGGGCAGCUCCGGACCCUGCAUUUCGGGGAUAUCGGUGGCGAGAGAGCUUUGGACGCCAUGAUGAAAGCCUACGACGGCGGCAAGCAUGUGGACGUCAAGUGGGACGAUGGUGAGAGGAUCUACUACCAGGAUAUAGACGAAAUCAGAAUCACGGUCAAGGAGACGGAUCAGCGGUGGCGCAAGGUCUGCAUCGACGGGACGAUUGUCGACGUACCAACAGGAGGCACAAUGACGGUCAAGAAACUGGACGAGAGCCCGUUGCGUAUCUUGGUGAACAAGGGGGUGCGAUAG